AUGAAAAGGGAAAAUUUUAGCAACCCAACAGAAUUUAUCAUACUGGGCUUCUCUGACCAGCCCAAGCUGGAGCUGGUACUCCUAGUCGUCAUCUCUGUCAUAUACAUUAUGACACUGAUGGGGAACACAGCCAUCAUAUUGGUCUCAUACUUGAACCCCAAACUCCACACACCCAUGUAUUUCUUCCUCUCCAAUCUCUCCUUCCUGGACCUCUGUUUCACGACCAGUAUUGUCCCACAGAUGCUCUGGAAUCUCAAAGGCCCCAAGAAGACCAUUACCUACACGGGCUGUGUGAUCCAACUCUACAUUUCUCUGGGGCUGGGUUCCACAGAGUGUAUCCUCCUCACCGUUAUGGCCUAUGACCGCUUCAAUGCCAUCUGUCGGCCCCUCCACUAUGGUGUCAUCAUGCACCCAAAACUUCUCAAGCAACUUGCAGCUGUGGCCUGGACCAGUGGGUUUGUGGAAUCCACAGUUCAGACCAUUCUUGUGUUCCAGUUGCCUCUUUGUGGCCACAACAGAAUGGAUGAUUUCAUGUGUGAGGAACCUGCACUCAUUAAAAUUGCCUGUGGCAACACAGCCUUCCUGGAAAAUGAAUUAUCCACAGCUAUUGUUUUCUAUGUGGUUAUACCACUAGGGCUUAUCCUGGUCUCCUAUGGCUGCAUUGUUAGAAAUGUGCUGAAGAUAAAAUCAGCUGAGGGCAGGAGGAAAGCUUUUGGGACCUGUGGGUCCCACCUAAUUGUUGUAGUCUUGUUCUUUGGAACUAUAAUUUGUGUCUACAUCCAGCCCAAGAGUAAGUACACCCAGAAUCACACCAAGUUUCUCACCCUCUUCUAUACCGUUGUGACCCCCUCCCUGAAUCCUCUCAUCUACACCUUGAGGAACAAAGACGUUAAGUCAGCUUUAAAGAGAUUGUUUAUCAGAGACCCCAGUUAG